UGAUAAUGCGGAAGUAAACAAACGGGUUGACAGGUUGUAAACAUUAAACUGUAUUAACUUUACACUAAAGUUGACAAAACAGUUCGUUACUGUAUACAUGAACAGUGAAAUUUGACAGAACGAUGGCCUCUGAAAAAUCCAUGGUGUCAGCGAGUGCGAAUGAGUUUACCUUGGAUAUAUACAAAGCGGUCACAGAAUCAUCUAAAAAUGACAAUCUGUUUAUGGCUCCAACAAGCAUUUUGGUUGUCAUGGCAAUGGUUCAAGUAGGAGCAAGAAAUGUUACAAAAGACCAGAUGAUCGCAGCAUUAAAACUAAAAUUUAAGAAUGAAAAAGAAUUGCUCGAGGAAUUUGAAUUAUUUUCAAAAGCACUGAAUCAAGGUAGUGGGGAUAUUACUCUUCAGUCUGCCAACAAGCUUUACCCGGACAAAGGGAAGGACAUUUUGCAGGAGUACAUAUCAGUUGUUUCAAAGCACUUUGGAACUGAAAUCGAAGCUUUGGAAUUUUCUUCCAGCCCUGAGCCGUCUAGAAUGUCAAUUAACAAAUGGGUUGAAGAAUUUACAAACCAUAAAAUCAAAGAUCUGCUACCCAAUGGUUCUAUCAAUACGUUGACCAGACUGGUCAUUGUAAAUGCAAUCUAUUUUAAGGGUAACUGGGCAACCCAGUUCAAACCGGAAAGUACCAAGAAAGAUAAUUUCCUCCUUAUUGACGGCAAAACGACUUCUGUUGACAUGAUGAAUGCCGAAAUGAAAAAGGUUCGAUAUGGCGAAAGUUCAGAACACGCCUGUAAGGUGCUCCAUCUACCAUAUAUGGGUGAAGAACUUGCCAUGAUUGUUGUCUUGCCGAAAGAUACUGAUGGGCUACUGAAGCUGGAACAAAGUCUGGACUCGCCGACCUUAAAUACAAUCAUCAAUGAUGUGUUUUCUCCAACAGUUGUAGUAUCGCUUCCUAAGUUUAAACUUGAAUCUUCGUUCGCUCUUUCCAACACGUUGUCCGCAUUGGGUAUGGUGGAUGUCUUCAGCGAGGCGAAAGCCGAUCUAUCAGGCAUGGGAAAGGAGCUGUAUGUCUCUCAGGUGUUUCACAAAGCAUUUGUUGACGUGAACGAAGAGGGUACUGAAGCGGCUGCAGCUACAGCUGCAGUGAUAAGGACCCGUUCUCUUCCCGCACGACCCAGGGAAUUCAAGGCGAACCACCCGUUCCUCUUUCUGAUUUGGAACUACAAGCUCAACGCCCCUCUCUUCAUCGGAAGGUAUAUGCAUCCACCUUCAGCGCCCAGUCAGACUCAUGAGGAGCUGUAAUCAUAUAUCAAGAUCUAUCAAAUAUUUGAGACAUUUUUCUUAGAGAACUUUGGAUGUUCACGUGCAUGCAAUACUUGAGGUUUUAUUAAUAUUUUUUCAUGCUUGUAAACUUAAAAUAAUUAUAAAUUCAACAGCUUG